GUUUCUGCCACUUCUACCUGCCCGAGGAGCAGUACCCCAAGGGCUUCGCCUUCGACUGCGACGACGUCAACUUCGCCACCGACAACCUCUGCUUCGUGGGGCUCAUGUCCAUGAUCGACCCGCCCCGCGCCGCCGUGCCCGACGCCGUCGGCAAGUGCCGCAGCGCCGGCAUCAAGGUGAUCAUGGUGACCGGGGACCACCCGAUCACGGCCAAGGCCAUCGCCAAGGGCGUCGGCAUCAUCUCCGAGGGCAACGAGACCGUGGAGGACAUCGCGGCGCGGCUGAACAUACCUGUCAGCCAGGUGAACCCCAGGGACGCCAAGGCGUGCGUGAUCCACGGCACGGACCUGAAGGACAUGAGCUCGGAGCAGAUCGACGAGAUCCUGCAGAACCACACCGAGAUCGUCUUCGCGCGCACCUCGCCCCAGCAGAAACUCAUCAUCGUCGAGGGCUGCCAGCGCCAGGGCGCCAUCGUGGCGGUGACGGGCGACGGCGUCAACGACUCGCCGGCGCUGAAGAAGGCCGACAUCGGCGUGGCCAUGGGCAUCGCCGGCUCCGACGCCGCCAAGAACGCGGCCGACAUGAUCCUGCUGGACGACAACUUCGCCUCCAUCGUCACCGGCGUCGAGGAAGGGAGGUUGAUUUUUGACAACCUGAAGAAGUCGAUCGCCUACACGCUGACCAGCAACAUCCCCGAGAUCACGCCGUUCCUGCUCUUCAUCAUGGCCAACAUCCCGCU